UGUAUUUUUACCAAAAUUAAAAAAGAAGUUAUAAGUUAAAACAAGACCAAGUACACAACUAUAGUCUUACAUCUGUAGUAGGAGUGGACCAGGCAGAAUAGAAAAUUCCCAAAGGCCCUUUAAAAUACACUGGUGAGAUACUACUUAGCCCAGGGCCUGGUGGCUAGGCUGGCUCUCUUCUUUCCAAUCGUUGCCUCUGCCACAAACAUGCUCUGCCAGAUCAUUGAUCAGGCCAAGAAGCAUCCGAGCUUGAUGCCCCUCUUUGUAUUUACUGGAGCUGGAUGUACUGGAGCAGCACUGUAUCUCUUGCGUCUGGCAUUGUUCAAUCCAGAUGUUAGUUGGGACAGAAAGAAUAACCCAGUGCCCUGGAACAAACUGGGUCCUGAUGAUCAAUACAGGUUCUACUCAAUCAAUGUGGAUUACAGCAAACUCAAGAAAGAAGCUCCAGAUUUCUGAAUGAAAUGUUUCAGUAUAAAGCUGCUUUAGAAUGAAAGCCUUCCAGAAGCCAUCCACACAGGUUUCUACUUAACCAGGAAAUAGUUCUCCUCUAAAUGCAUAAAAUCAUGUUGAUGUAAUAUAUUGGAGAUUACACUGAUUAAUAAAUAACUGAAACUUGAAAA